AUGUUCAUGCCCAGCUCUCCAUCAUCCGAAUGCUCUCUCCUUUCAUCCCUUGAAGUCCUAUCCAUCUCUUCAGGCGAACCUUCGCGAAGAAGCUCCGCUCUGGCCUCUCCCUCUCGACCGAACUUCGACAGUGCUCGACGUACAUCGACAGAUGAACAAGAGUAUGAGCAUGUCUUUGGUAUCUCGGUCUCGCCUUCACCAUCCUCCGUUUCCAUGGAAGCUUCGUCGUCUAGCAACAGUCUCAGUGUCAGCGAAUGCACUGCUCUGUCGAAGAAGUCAUCAUCAGCGAAAAGAAGAGAGAGGAAGAAGAAGUUGAUUGCUGGGGAGAGGGAAAGAGCAGCUUUGGGUAUACCGUCUACUAGAGUAUUCGGAUCAAUUUCAACUAAAGAAAACCUCCCAUCUCCCCAACCACCGCUGGAAGUCCCCCCUCAAACACCUAAAUCUAAGAUCAAGAUGGGAUCUUGUACGGAUGGUCAUCAGCAGACGCCUAUAGCUGGACCAUCCGCGCCUCGCCCAUUGUCCGAAAAAAUACCCAGCGAGAACAGCGACAACGUCGAUAAUGACAAUGAUAAUGAUGAGGAUAAGGAAGAUGAUGAGACUGGUCCAACCCGUCGAAAGACCCGUAGAGGCGGAAAGAGAGUUAGACGUAGAUUAGAGAAUCGCGGAUUGGCCAAAGAAGCUUCUGAAGUAGAUGAUGAAUUGGACGCAACAUUGGAGUUGGACAGUAUAGCGGAUGGCGAUACUACUUCGCCUACCUCAUCAGCUAGGACGAGUAUCUCGGGAACACCUAUCAAAGUUACCGUCAGUCGAGUGCCAGAGCCGGAAGAGGAAGUGGAUGAAGUAGAUGGGUUAUCUGCUCUGGAGAGUGAGUUUGGUACACCACCUAGUAAGAGAUUUAAGGGAAGGGGAAGUGUGAUGAGUGCGGAAGAUGCUGCUUCGUCAAUUGAUAGUUUCCUAUCCGAUCCUAGAAAUUUUAUGACCAUAAAAGCCAACAAAUUACGAUUAUGGCAAUCAUUAUGUAUCGAAUUGGGUCUGGUGAAUCUCCAAGGCGACGAAUUACCCGACCUUCCAACCGUAGUAUGCGUUCCAACCCCACCACGACCAAGAGAGACCACCCCCGAACCACCCCAGCCAUUCCGUCCCGUCAAACAUCCCUUACCCGAGAGUCUCACUCAAGCUCGUAAAUUACUUAAAGAUCAUGCGCACGUCAACUUGGUAGAUUAUUUAGAAGCUAGGAAAUUCUGUCCUCCAGCUUAUGUUGGUGCUUACCAGGGUUUGUUAUACCCUUCUACGAGCGCUAUGAAGAGGUAUACUAGACAUCAGGGCAAGUUCGCAGAGAAAUUGGUGGUUAGGUCGGAGUGGCUUGAACCGCUCAUGAAGGAUUUCGGAGUCAGGAAGUUCAAGGGGGGUAUGUAG